ACUAUACAAUGCAAUGACAUGGUACAACUUGUGUAAUUGGUCAUGUUAGCUAGCCAUUUUGGACUUUCUAUAGCUGGCUGUGUCCCAAAUUGAUGCUUUUGGAACAGAUAGAUAGAUAGAUAGAUAGAUAGAUAGAUAGAUAGAUAGAUAGAUAGAUAGAUAGAUAGAUUGAUUCUUUAUUGUCAUUGCACAUUACUAUACAAUGCAAUGACAUGGUACAACUUGUGUAAUUGGUCAUGUUAGCUAGCCAUUUUGGACUUUCUAUAGCUGGCUGUGUCCCAAAUUGAUGCUUUUGGAACAGAUAGAUAGAUAGAUAGAUAGAUAGAUAGAUAGAUAGAUAGAUAGAUAGAUAGAUAGAUUCUUUAUUGUAAUUGCACAUUACUAUACAAUGCAAUGACAUGGUGCAACUUGUGUAAUUGGUCAUGUUAGCUAGCCAUUUUGGACUUUCUGUAGCUGGCUGUGUCCCAAAUUGAUGCUUUUGGAACAGAUAGAUAGAUAGAUAGAUAGAUAGAUAGAUAGAUAGAUAGAUAGAUAGAUAGAUUCUUUAUUGUCAUUGCACAUUACUAUACAAUGCAAUGACAUGGUACAACUUGUGUAAUUGGUCAUGUUAGCUAGCCAUUUUGGACUUUCUAUAGCUGGCUGUGUCCCAGAUUGAUGCUUUUGGAACAGAUAGAUAGAUAGAUAGAUUGAUUGAUUCUUUAUUGUCAUUGCACAUUACUAUACAAUGCAAUGACAUGGUACAACUUGUGUAAUUGGUCAUGUUAGCUAGCCAUUUUGGACUUUCUAUUGCUGGCUGUGUCCCAAAUUGAUGCUUUUGGAACAGAUAGAUAGAUAGAUAGAUAGAUAGAUAGAUAGAUAGAUAGAUAGAUAGAUAGAUAGAUUCUUUAUUGUCAUUGCACAUUACUAUACAAUGCAAUGACAUGGUACAACUUGUGUAAUUGGUCAUGUUAGCUAGCCAUUUUGGACUUUCUGUAGCUGGCUGUGUCCCAGAUUGAUGCUUUUGGGAUAGAUAGAUAGAUAGAUAGAUAGAUAGAUAGAUAGAUAGAUAGAUAGAUAGAUAGAUAGAUAGAUAGAUUCUUUAUUGUCAUUGCACAUUACUAUACAAUGCAGUGACAUGGUACAACUUGUGUAAUUGGUCAUGUUAGUUAGCCAUUUUGGACUUUCUAUAGCUGGCUGUGUCCUAAAUUGAUGCUUUUGGAAUCGAUGGAUGGAUGGAUUCUUUGUCAUUGCGCAUUACUAUACAACAAAACACUGUUUGAGGGCUCAGAUCACAGCAGCAUAUCACUAAAAUAAAAUAAAUAACCUUUUAAAAAGCAGCAUAUUGGCAUAUAAGCAGCAGUAUAAAUUGCAGUAUGUAAUUAUUCAAUGUAGCCAAACACAGUAAGGUGCAGAGUGUGAGUCCAAGUCCGGAUCAGGCCUCCAGCAGAACUCUUACAGCCCUGGGGAAGAAGCUAUUUUGGUGUCUUGCUGUUUGUGACUUUCUGACCCUAAGCCUGCCAGAGGGAAGGGUGUCAAAAAGACAUUGUCCAGGAUGCACAUAAGGCGGCCACCAGAGCUCGCCACCGUGGUCUGUCAGAAGCACACUUCUCUAGAAAUCCAGGAUGAAAGGGUUGUACUGCAAGCUGGGUGAAGCCAAGGAGCUGAAGUUUAUUAUACAGGAGACAACCAUAGCUGCAAGUAUUGGCGAUCAUCAAGUCAAAGUUCAAGUCAAAGGCUGUUCGCUUAGUCCUGUGGACAUUAAGCUGUGUGAGGAUUUAAAGCUACAGAGGGAACAUGUCCCAGUUGGUCGAGAGAUAGCAGGAGUCGUGCUCCAAGUGGGGCCUAAAGUGACCUUCUUCCAGCCUGAUGAUGAAGUUGUAGGAAUUCUUCCUCUGGAUGCUGAGAUAUCUGGCCUUUGCGACAUCGUCCUGGUGGAUGAAUAUAAUUUAGUUCAGAAACCUGAGAAAGUUAGCUGGUUUGAAGCUGCUGGAGCAAUUAAGGAUGGUCUCAAGGCUUAUACAGCGCUACACACUCUGGCCCGCAUGGCUGUCGGACACACGCUGCUUGUACUGGAUGGGGCAAGUCCAUUUGGAGUGCUGGCCAUCCAGCUAGCCCAUUACCAUGGGGUGAAAGUCCUCGCUACUGCCAUUUCUCCCGAUGACCAGAAGUUUCUGGAACAGCUUCGACCGAAUAUAGGUGUGCUGGAGUCGCUCAUAGCCAGGGUGAUUGGAGUCUGGGACACAAAAGUGGACUUGGUAGACUCAUGCCUGGAGGAAACUGGAGGACUUGGGGUGGACAUAGUCAUUGAUGCAGGAGUGAGACUUUAUGAAGAGGAACCUGAGGGAAAGAAACAUUUCCCACACAAGCAUGACAUCAUCUCUCUUCUUGCAGUUGGGGGUCAUUGGGUCACUCCAGAAGAUAACUUGCAGCUGGAUCCUCCAGACAGUCGCACUCUCUUCUUGAAAGCUGCCUCCAUCUCCUUUCUAAAUGAAGAAGUGUGGGAAGUGUCCAAGGCCAGGCAGGGCCGAUAUCUCCAUAUAAUGAAGGAUGUGGUGGAGAAGCUAUCAACAGGGAUUUUAAGGCCACUGUUGGAAAAGCCUGUGCCAUUGUAUGAAGCCACAGUUUCUAUGGAGAUGGUGCAGAGACGACAAGUCAGAAAGCGGGUUAUAGUGAAGCUUUAAAUAUCCCAGAACCACAGAGACCAGAGUUCUAUGAUAAAAUGAAUAAAAACGAAAUACAAAUAUGUUGGUGUUUUUGAGCAGUCAUUAUUAAUGUAUGUUUCUCCUGACAGAUAGCAAAAGAUAGCAACUUAAAAGAAUCCUGUACAAAUGUUCCAAUAUUAAAUAAUGUGUAAGUAUCGUUAUUCGGGCUGCUUGUGUGAUUUGUUUGUAGCGUUUAUUAGAAAUGCACUCUGAACCUAGUGAAAAGGAAAAUGGAGAAUACACUGAUUCACGUGUUUGUAUGGCACAUUGUAAAAUUGUACAUUAAACAGAUCAAAAUGGUAGAACAACAUAAGAUUGUGAAGUGCAUGUAGCCAUUGUCUAAUAAAGGCUUUUUUCUA